AUGGCUCUCAACCACAGCAACUUUGACCCCAUCACCUUCGUCCUGACCGGCAUCCCGGGCAUGGAGGAGUCUCACAUUUGGAUCUCUGUCCCUUUCUGCCUGAUGUAUGUCCUGGCGGUGGCUGGGAAUUUCUUCCUCCUCUUUCUCAUUGCCACAGACCACACCCUCCGCCAGCCCAUGUGCCUCUUCCUGGCCAUGCUCUCUGUGGCUGACCUCAUGUUGUCCACGGCCACGGUGCCCGAAAUGCUGACCAUCUUCUGGUUUGGAUCCAGGAAGGUCUCCUUUGAUGGCUGCAUUGCCCAGAUGUUCUUCACGCAUUUCAGCUUCAUCGCCGAGUCUUCAAUCCUGCUGGCCAUGGCCUUUGACCGCUACGUGGCCAUCUGCGACCCCCUGCGCUACAUGACCAUCCUGACACCCUCCAUGAUCGGGAAGGUGGCGGUGGCAGUGCUGGUGAGGGGCGUGUGCAUCAUGUUCCCAACCAUCUUCCUCCUCAAGAGGCUGCCCUAUUGCGGCCACAGCACCAUGCACCACACCUACUGCGAGCACAUGGGCAUCGCUCGACUGGCAUGCGCAGACAUCACCAUCAACAUCUGGUACGGCUUCACAACAACCCUCCUGUCCUCUGGGCUGGACCUGGUGCUCAUCGCCAUUUCCUACGUGGUCAUCCUUCGGGCCGUCUUCCGGCUCCCGUCCAAGGAGGCCCGCCUCAAGGCUCUCCGCACCUGUGGCUCCCACCUGUGCGUCAUCAUGAUGUUCUACUUUCCCGCCUUCUUCUCCUUCCUCACCCACCGCUUCAUCCACAACGUCCCCAGCUGCAUCCAUAUCCUGUUGGCCAACUUCUAUGUGAUUGUGCCCCCCAUGCUCAACCCCAUUGUCUAUGGGGUGAGAACGAGGCAGAUUCGGGAGCGAGUCACCCACAUGUUCUCAAAGGCGGGAGGGACAUGGUGCACCUGA